AUGCUGAGUGAUAAGUAUUAUAUGACAGGUAAUGAGUGUGUGUAUGGCAGCUACCCUGAAAUUCCUUUGGAAGAAAUACCAGAUGCAGAUGGAGUAGCCAGCACUCUCUCCCUUAAUAUUCAAGAGCCAUGCUCUCCAGCUACAUCCAGUGAAGCAUUCACUCCGAAGGAGGGCUCUCCUUACAAAGCCCCCAUCUACAUCCCUGAUGAUAUCCCCAUUCCUGCUGAGUUUGAACUUCGAGAGUCAAAUAUGCCUGGAGCAGGCCUUGGAAUAUGGACCAAAAGGAAAAUUGAAGCAGGUGAAAAGUUUGGGCCUUAUGUAGGAGAACAGAGGUCAAACCUGAAAGACCCCAGUUAUGGAUGGGAGAUUCUUGUGGUAGGAAUUCAGCAGCUGUGUGAUGGCAGCAUAGAAUCUCCACCAUGGCACAGAGGCCAGCUGCCCUGA